AUGAUUCAAUUCACCCCUGUAGACGGCAACAGUUUAGACCCCCUGAUCUCCAAUCUGAGACAUCUCCUUGAGCGAGUCAAGUACGACGCGCCACAAGCACUAUGGAGCUCUAUAAUCGAGCACAUCGAGAAGGACAACAACUAUGAAUUCUUCCGCUUCGUAGAGGACCUCAUCGCACAUGGCGCCAUCGAUGAUCUGCUGCGGAUGUACGAUGACGUCUGGGCUACUGCUCGGCUUAUUUAUGGCGAGCGGUUCCCGAGGUUAGACAAUCGGACCCUCGAAACGGAUGACUAUACUUCUAAGGAGUCAGCGCGCCAGGCCGCUGUUGAGAAGGCGAAGGAAAGGGCGUGGAAGGGAGACGCUUCCAAUGAUUACAAGGAGGACUGGAUCACCGAGGAGCUGAAGAAGGAGGGCCUUAGUUGGGAGGAUGUCCAGCGGGGUUACCAUCUAUUCGGGAGCGACUUAGCGUUGCGGGCGGCGAGGAUUCAGCUAUUGGAAAGCCUUGGGAUUCUCGAGCAUAUCGACAGAAGCGCCGUGAUCCUGCCAGACGAAGAUGCGUGGUUGGAGCCUUUCAAAACGCGGUAUUGGUCGACAGGAGAUGUUGAAAUAGACAUUGCCGAAGAGGGAUCUGAAGACGAUAGAGAAGAGGAAUGCGAGGGCGAUGGUAAAGAGGAUGAGAUCCCCGUUACGAAACUUACCACUCUCGAAGGGAGUUUCACCGGGGAUGAAAAGAACCCGACGGCCAACGCCAAGCCGACGAAUACACGCAAUUUCCUGGCGACGUUUCUCAAGGACGCGGCUAUUGGCACCGCCCACGACUUCAGCCAGAUCGAGUACAAUGGCUGGGCUAUUGCCUCCCCGCUCAUCCAGCUGCUGCGCAUCGCCAACUUCCUCACCGACGAGGAUAUUGACCGCACGGCCGACUGGACGGGCAAGAUGGCCGAGAUCACCCAGUAUCUCACGUACUUGACAGUACUCUAUGAUCCAGAGAAGCACUCCUUUGGCGGCAUCCUCAGAGAGGUGACGGAUAUGUUACUUAUUCACGUCCUCUACGAGAAUUAUCAUUACUCCAACAGCGUGCUUAACCUCGCGUUUGACGUUAAGCCAGAGGCGAGUACGAGGCUUCCACCUACAGAAGGGCCCGCUAUCCGCCUUUUCGAGAUCGCGACGGCGCGGCUGCGGAAUAGCAAGACCCCACGGAGGCUCUUGCACAGGCUGCCUCUCGGUGUAGUGGACAUCAUGUAUCGCCUCCCGACAAAAGCUCUCGAGGCGUACUUGGCCUGGUUCCUCAAGAACCAAAAAGUCCACUGGGAUGAGGGCAGCUCCAGCUGUCACUGGAACAGACGAAUACACGAAUGGGACACCCACGCCGUUGAGGGGAUAAUCCCGUUUGGUUUCAACGCGGACCAGGUCGAGGAUGACACGUUCAUCCAGUGUAUGAGGCUCGGCCCGCUGCGCACGUCCUGGGCCCUGAAGACGACUUGCAGUUUUACCUAUGAUGCCAAGACGGAUUUGAAAAGUCAACAAGACCUUACGAGGCAGCUUUGGCAUUUCUCACGGUUUCGAGGCGCCAACCGUGCUGGAUUGACCAUGGUUCUGCGCGCUUUCGGGUCACAAACUCGGGAGAUUCGUGCCCUUGAUAGCCCCUAUAGAAAGCUUGUCUUACCGACGGCGAGGGACAAGGAGGCGAUGCGUACGGCAAGCCUCCCUGCCGGUCUCAUCUGGGAUUCCCUGAAGCAUGACAAGCCUCAGGAUGACGUUGAUUCCUUCAAGGGGUACGUUUUCUGGCAUUCAAUGCUCGUCAAGAACAACGAGAUGUGGGCUACGAAGUUGAUGCCGGAGCUCGAGCAACACUCAAAGACGAGGUUUGGAGUGCUGGCGGCCGGUCGCCCUCCCCUACCAACAACAAACUUCAAGGGGCCGUUCAUAGCAGUCGACGUGGGCGCGGUGCGAUACAUUGCUUGGAUGUUCCUGAAAAGGUUGAAGAGUAUUGAGCGUGACCUCAAGACAGCCUCUCGCUUGUAUCCACGCUUUUUCAUGACGGACACGCUAGCCCAUGUCCAAUGGGGUAGGGAAGACAUCCAGAUGCAAAGGGGAACUUACAGAUUGUCUGAGCGGGCCGCCAAGGCGCAGUUUAGGGAGAGGGCCGUUCUAGAUGCGCGUGAUUGGGAGUUGCAACUCCUGGAAAAGCUCUCCCAUCGCUCGACGAACGAGGGCAUGUUGGAGCCCGUCCCCGAGGACUGGACUGUCGAAAAACGCAUCUUUAUGGACCGCGUGCAGGCACUGGUUCACGAUAGUAGCGGACAUGCCUGCUUUGAUAAGGGCGGCGUGACCAUUGAGGAACUUUUGGAACAGCUCAACCGCGACGUGGGUGGACCCGUGUCCAUGAUUAGCUUCACUAAUCAGCGCCAGGCGGAGGAGUAUCUAGGGGACUUGGAGAGAUAUGGGAGAAUCCGAAUCGAGGAGACACCAACGGGUGCUUUAUUCUACCAUCGACCCGAGACAACCCUUCACCCAGAGGACACAAUCAAGUUUAAUAGCGCGGCUUUGGCGACGAUGCCUAAGCCUCGAACUUACGAGGAUGUAUUGCAAACCGACGACAAGGAUAGGGGACAAGACAUGAUUCGCACUAGAUUGGCGGUGCGUGGCGCCGCGUGGCGUCUCGGCUACACUAUUAAGAAGAUGGAACAAGGACUCGCAAACCUACCCAAAUACACUGAAGGACAGAGGGAGGAGUUCAAGAAAGGGCAUCGCGAGCUUACAUGGACCCUGGAGCGCAUGGUCGAAAGGCGAUGCGAUCUCGGCUGGGAACAAUCGAGCCCCGAAGAAACAUUGCCCUCCAGGCAAACCAAGCGAGUCCAGCUGCCGGCCGGCCGUCCGAUGCAAACCAAGGAUGUCAUCAAGUUGGCGGACCGCAAGAAUUACCUAGACAAAUGGGACGACGAUAGUAGGGAGCUUGGGGACGAGGAGCGUAUCGACCGGGCCGUGGCCGAAAACAUGGUAACCGAGUGCAACGAGUACAAAAAUCCCUUGUGGCCGCUGACUGUCGAGACGGCCUUUACUACGGAGGAUGGCAGUCGGCGGACGAUCCAUAGACGCGAGGCCAUAUGGGGAUGGGCCAAGCCUGAGGUCCGAGGGCAAGUUCCACAGUAUUUCAGCAUCAAUCGGUGGCCCGUAGAGUUGCAGACGCCUGAGACCCAGCUUGAGAUCAGGGGCGAGGGUCUCCCGGUCGAUACGGAUGUGACAAUGGCAGAUGCCACACCGAAAAAUAGAUGCUGGCGUGGGAGGACAGAGGGGGAUGUAAUCAUGGUGGAUGUUUAG